AACUCUUCUUUCCUCGUACUCCAUCACUUCCUUGUUCUUCUUCCUUCUCUUCAUUCUGUCUCUACCCUUCAACGCAACUUUCUUUCUUUUCUAUUGAGCUUCCAAUAUUCUCACGCCUUGCAAUCGUAGUUGCACCCUCCAAACUCCUUCCCUUUUCUUUCAUCUAAACCAGAAACCUUUUUUCCCUCAAAGAGAGGAAUAGAGAUUAACAAUCGUGGAUACUGUGAUAUGGUUAGUUGUAGAGAGAGAACUACAAUUUUUGAGAAAUAUAAUUAGGGUGCGUGACAAACAAUCGUGGUUCAGGUACUUGCAGUAAGAGAACAUAUUGUAAAACUAAAAGGGAAAAAUGGCCUUAGAUCACUUUGAGGAGACUGUGCACCAAAAAGGAAAUUGGAAAUCUUCCAGUGAAAUCAUUGCAGAUUCUGAUAGAAAUGCCUCUGGUGACUUUGACUGCAACAUCUGCCUGGAGUGUGUGCAAGAUCCAGUGGUGACACUUUGUGGUCAUCUUUAUUGCUGGCCCUGCAUAUACAAAUGGCUUCAUUUUCAAAGCACCUCUUUGGAUGAUGAAGAACAACAGAGGCCACAAUGUCCUGUAUGCAAAUCAGAAGUUUCUCAAUCCUCCCUUGUUCCAUUAUACGGCCGUGGCCAAACCACAUUACCUUCUAAAGGGAAGCCACGUCAAGUAGGCACUGUCAUACCACAAAGACCUCAUGGUCCAAGAACACUUAACACUAGAAGUGUUUCACAACCUAUUUCUCAAAGUUACCAUCCCUAUAGUAAUCCUUAUCAUCCUCAACAACACUUCAACUCGAUUCCAAGCGGUUACACCUCACCUAUGAUUAGAACAACUGGUUCAAUAGACAACACAUUUGGAAUCUUUGGUGAGAUGAUAUAUGCAAGGGUCUUUGGUAACCACGUGUCAAACAUUCAUACAUACGCCAAUUCGUACAAUCUUUCGGGGACCAGUAACCCAAGGAUGAGAAGACAUUUAAUGCAAGUUGAUAAAUCACUCAGCAGAAUAAGUUGUUUCCUCCUUUGCUGCCUAGUUUUGUGUCUGCUCUUAUUCUGAUUGCUACUUCAUUUUCAUCAUUAGUUAUAGUGCAUCCUUACGUAGAAUACAUUCACUCAUUGAUCCAGAUGUAUUCUAUGUUAGAGAAGCUGCAAAUUGAUGCUGAGUUAUGUGUAAAUUACCAAUCUCUCUACGAGCUAUAUGAAGUGAAUAAUGAUAUUCUCAUACCAUUUUUAGAACAUUUUC